GAUGUGUUUGAAACAUCGCUAUUAGAUAUUAGAUCUCGCUCACAUAGUUAUGCGUCUUGUAGGCCACGCCGAGUUGCAUUAUACGAAUAAUAUCUAUGAUUGGACCGUAAACACAGGAAAGCAGUAUUAAAAUUAUUGCAUUUGAAUAUUCUGAUAUAGAAGAAUGAAAAAUUGUAGUGUUAACAGGUUAGGUGUUGGAGAAUAAUAUAGCUGGAUGGUUAGGGAAUGUUGCCCGUAAGUUUUAACAUCAUGAUUGCCCCCUAUGAGCGCCUUCCGUGAAUUGCAAAGAUGACAUUUUCAGAAUCGGAACCUUUUAAAACAUGUUGAGAGGUUGGAAUGGCUGUUGUGCAACACAUUUCGGGACACAAAUUUGAGAUACAAGGUGUAUAAAAUGGACAUCAACCAAGCUGGUUCGAAAGCGGGAACGCUCUAGACCCCACUAGACUAAUUAAUAUCUUUGAAGUAAUAGAUUCUAAUCUUGACCGAGAUACCGGCUUUCGGGAUUAAAGGUUUCUGCGGUUUUCCUCAGUACCUGCAGGCAACUGCCAAAAAGUACCUCAAUUAGACAACGGUUGCCCCUUUCAAAAUUCUACCUUUGAACACCAUGUAGUCUUAGUCCAACCUUAAAUUAGAAGUACAAAAAAAACAGCUUGUUUUGAGGAGUUUGUUACUUAAUAUACCAUUAGUAUUCACUGAACUCAUAUUUCUUAGUAACUGCAGUCACUAGAUCAUGAUGUGUGACUAGUGAAACACAAAUUGUCAGUCAGUGGAAUUUAUUUUUAUCUAACUUCUCCCAUCAGUUAAACGGUGUAUCUUCAUAGUACAGUGAGUGGUUGUGGAAAACCGGUCUUGUCAAGGACUGCACAGUAAUAUUUAUUCCAAAAGUAUUAUUCCCCGUUGCUUUAUAUGUGAUGAGGAAAUUAUAGGCCGAGGGGUUCCUCUGUUAGUAAGUUGUACAUCAUAUACAAAGACUGGACUUCCAACAAAAAUAGGACAGCUGAUGGGGGAAGGCUUCAUGGUGGUUGUAUCAAUUGAAGAUAUGCUUUGCAAACACUGUGGUGCUUUGUUGAAUCACCUUGAUAAAUUAGAAUCUGAUCUGGAUAUUGUUAAACGGGCUCUAACUGGCUACUUGAAGAUGAAGUAUGGACUCACAGAAGAUACUGAUGAACAAAGAAAACAUCUGAAACAGCAUAUAACAAAUCAAACAAAUGUACAAGAAAUAGCUAGUAUGAGAGCUGAUGACACGAACUCUGACAUAGAAGACACUGUUUCUGAGGAUUCUCAUGAAAGUGAAUCAGUGACUGGGUCUUCGCAUGGAGCAGUGAAUAACAAAAGAACCAUCGAAAUUCUCCUAGAUGAGGGUGGUGCUUCCAAAGAUCACUCACAGAUCCAAAAACAGGACUCAUCCCAAUCUUUGAAGAUGUACAAGUGUACAGUUUGCAAUUUUAAAACAUCAGAACUUACUCUGUUCCUGCCUCACCUUUUGUCAUGCAUUGAGUUACCUUACAAAUGCACCAUGUGUGAAAAAAGGUUUGAGAGUCAUAAGUAUGUUAGGAAUCAUAUCAUGGAAGCACAUCUUUCAAAUUGGACAUGCCAUUUUUGUAAUAAAAAAUUCAGCGAAGAAGAGGAUUUCACAGCACACAUGAAGAUACAUUUAGGUCACAGAAAUGGCUCCCCAAAAAUCCAUACAGAAGAUUCACAGUCAGCCAUUGGAAGUGUGAAUGCACUAUACAGUUCUCAGAGUGUGCUGGGUAAUUAUGAAUGUAAUAUUUGUGAUUACCAAUGUAGCAGUAAAGAAAUGUUUGACAAACAUGUACGUAGGCAUUCCAUGUUCAAAAUUUUUCACUGUAAUGUUUGUAGGAAGGAGUUCCAGCACCAGGAAGAUUUGUCACAUCAUGUAUCGGAACUGUGUUCUGCAGAAUCUAAGAAUAAAAGUAGCCUACUAGACUACCAACACACACUAACAACAGAAAUGAAGGGAGAGACAUUCCAUGACAGAGGAGACGAAAUAACAGAAUUGUCAUACCAGAAAUCAGAUGGUAUAGUAAAACCACCUUCUGAGGAAAGGCAACUGGAUAGUUUCAUAACAGAAACUAAGAAUAAACCUCAUGGAGGGCCAUCUGAUGAGUGUAGGGGAAAUGAAAUAGAAUUUCAUACGUGUCGUAUAUGUUCACUGACUUUUGUGAAUGAAUCUCUUUUUAUGGAACAUAUCAAGAUGCAUAAGCAAGAGGGAGCCAGUGAAGAACUGUUUAGGCAGAAUUCCAGUCAGCUCCUACAGAUGGGUAAAGUCAGUCCGGAUGAUGAUUCGACAGAACAUGAAGUUAACUCGAUUGAUUCCGAAGGGAGACAACAGUAUGUUGAACUGGAUGAAAGUCUGGAGGAUAUGUUUGAAAAGCUUCAUGCGGAGACAGAAACUAUUCAUUCUUCUGAAAUGAAAGAAGCAUCAAACAGAAACACUCUGUCAGUAUCUGAAUGCAACAUAUGUCACGAGGAAUUUGUGAACUAUGAUGAUCUGCAGCUGCAUAAAGUAACACAAAUGCAUCUUGGUAAUGAUUCUCAGAAUGAUGUAGACAUGUUGAUUGACAAUAAAAGUGGUGCUUCUGUACCUGACCCAUUUGACCAAUGUAAAACUGAAGAAAAUAUACUGGAUAUGCAACAGAAUGAAAGAAUAGUAGACAGUGGCUUGAAUGCUGAAACUUCAUCAGUUGGACAUAUUGGAAAUCCAGAAAUUUUACCUGUACAGCAUGACCAUUGCCAAAUUCAAGAAAAUGAAAAUGCAAAGGAUGGCUUUCUUGAUAUUUUUGAUAUGGUGCGAGAAAAAAAGCUUUCUGCUAAAGACAGUGCUAAAAUAGAUACCAAUUUACUGCAGGAAACACAGGUUAAGACAGAACAGAUUGAAGUUGUGCCUGCAGCAGAGUUUCAUCCAUACAUAUCGGACAUGAAACAUCUGGGUGAUAGCAAAUUAUAUGACACUGCCCCUAUUCCAAUUCAGAGUAAGAAGACCUAUGUAUGUGCAAUGUGUGGUUAUCGAACUUCAGCAAUGUUUGAUUUGAGAAGACACUUCAAAGAACAUAGACAGAAAACAUUUCACUGCAAAAUUUGCAACAAAGUAUUGCCAAGCACUCAGAAACUGUGUACUCACUUAAAAAGUCAUGAGAAGUUUCAUGGCAGAAUGACAUGUCCAUAUUGUUAUGGACAGUUCCCUGACAGAUGCAGCCUUCAGCAGCAUUUGCAAGAGAAGCAUCAGAAGGAGAAGGUGAUGUACAAAUGUUCAUUUUGCAGUGAUACAUUCAACACAAAAAAAGCAUACAAAGUGCAUGAGGAGAUUCAUCCGGAAAGAUUUUCUUUUAGGUGUAAUGAAUGUGGCAUACCAUUCCUGAAGGAGAAGCAACUUCUUGAUCACAAGGAUUCAAUUCACAGGGAUCCACACUGCCGCUUCUGUGGAAAAGAGAUAGUGAAAGCAAAGACCCUCAGAAAUCAUGAACUCAGACAUCUCAGACAAAAAGACAGUUUUGAAUGUGACAUCUGUAAACGUGUGUUUAAAACAAAGACAGGUUUGAGGCAUCACAUUGCUGUGCAUACUGGUGAAUACAAGUAUUGCUGUGAUUACUGUGGCCGAGGCUUUAUGUCACGCAUGAUGAUGGAAGAGCACCGCAGCAAGCAUACCAAGGAGGAGCGAUACAUUUGUGAUGUGUGUGGUCGCAAGUUUAGUUUCCAGAGCACAUACUGGAUACACCGUAAGUGGCACGACAACCCCUAUCCUUACAAGUGCAGCUUCUGUGGCAGGAUGUUCCGGCACUCAUCACUGCUGGCAGUUCACAAGAGAACCCACACAGGUGAGCGUCCAUACAAAUGUCCACAUUGCCCAUUAACAUUUCCUGUCGGUGGAACACUGAAGCGCCAUCUUAUCUUGCACACUGGUGUGUACCCAUUUAACUGUGAGAACUGCAAACGUGGUUUCACCACUCGGCAUAAGUAUGCGACACAUCUUGCAAAGAUCCAUGGAGACUUUGAGAUGCUUCACACUAAACCCCAACAGAGUGAGUUCAAAAUGGUCAUUCGAGAUGACCCCAGACCUGUCCAACAGCCAACAGUCUGGGAAGUCACAGACAACUCUGUUCCAGACCAAAUGAAUUUCAAACUAGAGACAGUUACAGGAGAUGACACAAGUAAAGACCCAGCUGGGGAAGGAAUUGCAUGCACUAUAGUUUCAGAUGACCUGUUAGUAGAUAACAUGGUUCCUACCAGAGUAGUGGAAAUUGUUCUAGAUGAAACUUCUCAAGCUGUUGCAACAGUUACACUAGCAGAACAUGCAAAUAUCCUCCCAGAUAUCUGGUAUCAGUAGGUCUCACCACACACAUGUAUCACAGUUGUUUAUAACAACAGAAAACAGAAAUGCUGUAUACAGUAUGCUUUAAAGAGAUGAUAUACUCCAUCUGCUACAGGAACAAUGGUGAGUCAGUCAGUAACCUAGACUGUUACAUCAUCAUCAUAAAGUUACUAGAUUGUUUUCAAAAUACUUCCAGUAUUCACACAUCAGUAGGAAAUUUGGAUGUAUACAGGACUUUGCUACCAUAAGGUUGCAUACACAAAGUAUACCAUACCAUGAUUCAUAGAGUAGAUGUGGGGUGGUAAGUUGCUAGAAGGGGGGGCUGUUCCUUCACUUCAUGAUCGUAGACUGCUUAAUGGACUUUGAAAUAGAAGUGAAAUUCAUUACUGGUGCAUGUACAAGAUACAAACAAAAGCAAAAGGAUGGGGUUGACAGGGUAAAUAAGCAUAAAAGUGGUCUCUGAUGAGAGCUUUACCAACUUCUGUUGUAAAUAAUGUACUGAAAAGUGAGGUGAUUUGAAUGAUGCUGUGUAACACCUAUGGUGAAAAUCUUUCACUUACUGCUGAUGGCACUGUAUUUCCUGGCAUACUAAUUCUUUCAGAUGAGCAAAUGUUAUUUCUGAAUAACCUGCUGGAGUAUUUUAAUUCAUGAAUUGUUAUAAUCACACCUCAGUUGUUUUUCCUAGGCCGAUAAAAAUCCAUAAAGGGAUUGAAAGUGUUUUUAUUUAAUUA